AAAACCCAUCCGAGACCCAAAACAAAAAAACUCGAUCCUCAAAAUUACCAUCAGAUCUCAACUCUCCCUACUCAAAACCCUUUUCCUAUCUGAUCUCCCAAUCUCGCGUCUCCGAUGAAGCUCGCCGGCGGCGGCGGCGGUGGAAUCACAGUCCCCGCCCUCGUCCUGCUCUCCUUCUCCUCCGCCGCCCUCCUCCUCUUCCUCCUCCUCCCCUCCCUCUCCCCCUCGUCCUCCCCCUCUUCGUGCCCCGAUCCAUCGCCAGAUCGAACCUCGACCGUUCGUCCACCGAGAAGCGUUCAGAUCUCGACCACGCAAGAGGAUGUCGAGUGGUUGAAAUCCCAAAUCAGGAUCAACUCGCUGCCGGAUCCGCCUGCGACGAGGGAGGAGUGGUAUCAGUUGAGGAAGGGGAUCAACCCCAGGACUCGGGAGCAGCAGCUUCAAGAUCUCAGGAGUUACAAAGGAAUCUCUCAUUAUCAAACCGAAACAGAGGAACAUACUGCACUUCCUUGCCCUGGAGAGCUACUUGUAGAAGAGCAUCACAGCAACUACGGCGAACCAUGGGCUGGCGGCCGUGAUGUCUUUGAGUUUCUUGCAUCUUCAGUCAACCUUGCCCCUUCAGACCAAGUUCUUGAAAUUGGAUGCGGGACUCUUCGUGUGGGUCUCCACUUCAUCCGAUAUCUUGACCCCUCUCGCUUUCACUGUCUAGAACGCGAUGAUCUUUCUUUGAUGGCGGCCCUUCGUUAUGAACUCCCCUCUCAAGGUCUUCUCCACAAGAGGCCUCUAAUUCUAAAAGGGGAUGAUAUGGAAUUUAGUAGGUUUGGAGAUGGAAUCAAGUAUGAUUUGAUAUAUGCAAGUGCUGUUUUCCUUCAUAUGCCGGGUGACCUGGUUUGGUUGGGGUUGGAAAGAUUGGUAGAGAGGCUUAAUCCUGAGAAAGGAAGGAUCUUUGCGUCUCAUAAUAUGAAGUUCUGUACGAGAUUAAGGGGGGAGUGUCCUGAGAGGCUCGCGAAAAUUGGGUUGGAGUUUGUUGGGAACCGGACUCAUGACAGUUUAUUGUUCAAUCACUAUGAGAUUUGGUACGAGUUCAGAAGGGUUAAAUCAUAGGGUGUGGCAAAGGGUUCCUACUUUGAAGAAGGGAUAUUGAUGGUGGCUCUGCAGUGUGCAUUAUACUUGGAAAGGAGGCGUUUUUUUCUGCCACUGUUCCUAAGAACAUCUCGCUGUGAAACUGAGAAAAGAAAGCUCACGAUUCGUAACUAAACAAUUCAUUUGCUGGAGGUACAACUGCCUCAUGCUCAUUGUUUCUCCUACUCGGUUACCUUGUAACAUGUGAGUGUUUUAGGCACUACGGCUUGCAAAUAUGUGUUGUAUUCUUAACUUCUAAAAAAACCCACAUUCGCAAUUUUUUACGCUAUGCAAUUUGGUUAGUGCUCUUGUGAACAACGACGUUGUAAAGUUUGUGUCGAUUCUUAGAUUGGUUCAACUGUUAGUUA